UAACCUUUAAACCCUUAUAAAUAAAUGCCCAACACGGAAACCCAGCCAUCGCCUGAGGUUUCCUGUUCGGCCGCUCGAAGUCUCCCACCCGAUUGAGACACCUGAGGACGGAAAAAGGAGGAUAAAUCGGGGGAAAGCAUAGCGAAAGUAAACGAAAACAAGGGAAAGGCGGAAAAAUUGAAAGGAUUCUUGGUGCUAGACUACUAAAAUUACCAGAGUCCAGAGAGCUUCCAUUCCAGUUUCAAGACAUCAGUAUUGUCUGAGGAGGUGACUGAGGACUGGUAAGAGUGGAUGGCAAUGGCGACAUCAUCGUCAUACCCACCGCCUCCCCCGUACUACCGACUGUACAAGGACUACCUGGAGGACCCCAAAUCUGCCCCCGAGCCCCCACCGCCCAUCCACGAUGCCACCUACCCUCUCUUUGGCGCCACCUACACUACAGACGUGGUGCUGCCCAGCUUGGAGGAUCAGGGCGUCCGCCAGCUCUACCCCAAGGGCCCUAACAUUGAUUUUAAAAAGGAAUUACAAUCGCUCAAUAGAGAGCUUCAACUGCAUAUCUUGGAGCUAGCAGAUGUUCUGGUGGAGAGACCUUCCCAAUAUGCACGUAGAGUGGAAGACAUAUCUCUUAUUUUCAAGAACUUGCACCAUCUCCUCAAUUCUUUGCGUCCUCAUCAAGCCAGAGCAACACUCAUUCACAUUCUAGAAUGUCAGAUACAACGACGCAAACAAGCAAUAGAGGAUAUAAAAAGGAGGAGAGAGGAGGCUCGGAGGCUGCUCAAGGAAUCGCUUCAAACUUUGGAUGGCCAUCAAGCCUGAGAUUUACUGCUUGUCUGAUGUUAAAAUGGUUGUGUGUUUUAUACCAGUGUAAAUCUCUACACCGUUGUUACUGCACCUUAAAAAUUGUCACACUUGUUGACUGCGCCAGUGAAGGAAUCUUAUCACGAGACCGCAAUUCAAUGGAUGCAGAUAUCCAGCAAGAUGUUCAAUGUAUAACCACCAAGUACUUGCCUAUCUAUGGUUAUAAUUCAACAAUUGCCGGUUGCUAACGAACGAGGACCAAAAAUGUUGAACUCAUAAGCUGAUGGAAUUUUAGAACUGAUCACAAAU